UCAAUUAAAACGCUUGAUUUCAUCAUUUGACUGUCAUGUCCAUGAAUUACAUUUAUUAAUAAACAUUGACGGCCUUCCUUUAUAUAAAAGUUCUCCAGGCCAAGCAAUUCCUAUAUUGGUUUCAAUUGUUAAUGUCCCUGAACUUCAAAAAAUAGUUUUUCCUAUUGGACUUUACUACGGUUUCCAAAAACCUAAUGAUAUGGGUAAUUUUUUAACUCCAUUUGUAUUAAAAACCAUAGAAUUGUCAGAAAAAGGUUUUUUAACUGCUAAUGGCACAAAUAUGUUUGUUAAAAUUGUUGGCUUUGUCUGUGACGCACCUGCGAAAAAAGAUAUAUUAGGCAUUAAAGGUCAUGGCGGCUACUAUUCUUGUACCAGGUGUACCGUGCGAGGUACUACUCUUAAUAAUAAGCGAGUUUUUACUGAUCUUAAUUGUCGUACUAGAACAAGUGAUGAUUUUAUUAAUUGGAUAGAUCCAAAUUAUCGAUUAGUUGAUACAUGUUUAGUAAAAAUACCUGGAAUUGAUUUUGUGCAUUCUAUCAUUCUUGACAUAAUGCAUUUGGUAUACUUAGGAGUGAUGCGGACCAUGCUUUUAACAUGGUAUGAUGGAGAUUUACCUUUUAAGCUAUCACGG